CACGCUCUGUGAGUUAUUGACGUGUCGUCCAUUGUUGUGCUGGGAGUCCCACUGGUCAGAGUGUGGGAACCACAGCCCUGCCUGAGCCACAUGGCUUUGUUAUGCUAAUCUCCCAGUAUAAAAUGAGGAGCAGCCCCUCCAGGGACAUCAGAGCUAACACCGCGGUCCAUAAGAAGAAGCUGCACAGACAUGGCUCCCUGCUCCACCAACUACUCCUCCAUUCACCACAUCUCUGACAGCAUCAAGUUGAGAAAACCUGCCGUGGAGAAAAUGCGCAGAGAUCGCAUCAACACCUGCAUCGAGCAGCUCAAGGUCAUUCUGGAGAAGGAGUUCCACAAGCAGGAGCCCAACUCCAAGCUGGAGAAGGCCGACAUCCUGGAGAUGACCGUGAGCUUCCUGAGGCAGCAGCUGCAGCCGAGCCUCUGUCAGAGCGACUACAACCAGGGCUACUCUCACUGCUGGAGGGACUCGGUGCACUUCCUGUCCGCUGGAUCCAACACAGAGGCCUCUGUGGCUCCUCUGCAGGGCCUCCAGCAGCUCCAUCGUCAGGCCCAGAGAGCCAGCAGCUCCUCCCCAGUGAGCUCCACCCUGAGGCCCACCUCGCUGCAGGACAGCAGCAGCAGAGGCCCCGUGUGGAGGCCUUGGUAGAGACUCGGACACUCUUUGACACCUGAGGGGACUCUCUCCCUCACUAUGUAGGAAAUAUCUUUCCAGCCCGACUCAUUUCACGAUGGGUUUCCUUAUUGUCUCAUCACAUUGAUGGACAAGUAGUAAAAGCGAAAGGCUCUCACUUAUUUGAAGGUUGUCCUGCUUUGACUUUGAUUCACAUUUGAUGUUUGCUUUUCCUUUGUGUUUAAAGCUGGAGGGGAGUGAUGAUGGAUUGUGUUUACUCCAGUGGAGUUUAUCUUUGGACUGCUUUAAUGUGACAGUAUCUGCCGUACUGUUUUACACUGACAGCUGCUGUUGAGAAUAUUUCUCUUUUCUGUUUUGAUCUAUGCCAAAUUGUAUGUAUGAG